GGAGAUAUCACAGAGUCUGGCCUUAAUAUAAUGUUUUACAUAUAUAUGUAUUUAUACAGGAAUGAUACUCAGCGUUACUCCAUUGCAAUGUGUUAAUUCGUAAAGGAAAUCUAUAUUCCUCUCUUAUCCUGAAGAGAUCUGCGGGCCAAGAUAGGGUUUUCCAGGAAACCGAUCCAAUCGGCCCAAAUUAAUGUAAACAGGAAAAGGGAAGUUGCCUAUCCGAGCGUCUGAACAAAGAUGUUAAGUAGUCAGACAACGUUAGAUCAGAAUAUUUGAAUUUACGAGAGUAUUCUCUUCAUUGGAUUUACAUCUUAGAGAAUGUGUAUGUUUUCGAAUAACUGAAACGUUUUAUGUUGCAACACUCAAAAAUUACGUCUAGUUAACAACAGUAACGCUACAUUUCUUCACUCCAGUCCCCAAGACUGUAAGUAACCAACAGUCUUAGCCGCAAGAUAGGUAGUUUAGCGUUUGGUAUUGUGUACCUUUUACCCAAGAGUAGCUAGGUAGCAAAGUGCUAACAUUAAUAUUAAACAUAACACUUCAGCUAAUGAGGAGUUCUAAGGAACAAGUUUGGUGCUUCUUCCCUUGUUUUCAAUUCACUAAAUAAUAGGGCGCAUACUUAUGGAAUUUUUUUUAUCCCAAAAAAACAGUAGCUAAUGUUUUCAAGUUGUGAGGGGGUGAACGCUGGCUGUGCCUAAGGACGCGUGAGCCAUGCCGCGACAUGAAACCUCACAGUAAAUUCAGAGUCGGUGACAGGAGAAGAGAGGACUACAGCUCGGCAAUGUCGACGACGCACGCUCGCCCGUCCGCGAACGCGGCUCUGAGCGGCGAGGUGUCGCUGUCCUUCCAGGACGAGCUGGCGGCGACCAUACACGGCGCGUUCGAAGUGGCGGUGGAGAUCGCCGUGCUGGAGGUGACCAAGCUGGUGGGCCAGGCGCUGGGUGACGUGCGCGACCAGAUGCACGAGACGCUGCGCGAGAACAAGUCCCUCAAGCAGCGCCUGCAAGCGGCGGAGCGCGAGCUCAGCGCCCGCGGCGCGCGCAAAGUUACCGCGGGGGACGAGCGUCGGGGCCGGCUCGUCGCCGCGGAUAACCAGACCCCGGCGCCUGCAAGUCCGCGGGGCCACCCGACGCCGCGGCCCCAAGCGAACAGCAGGCUGAAAACGGGGAAGCGGAAAGCGCAGAGGGACGAGAAGCCCCAACCCGAACUGCAGAUAGGUGCCACGUUGAAUGUUGCGCUCGAGGAAAGUUACGAGUAUUUGGUCGCGUCGGCGGAGAUCAGCGCGCGCCACAACGGCUCGUUCAGUGAAAUCCGCGAGGAUGGCCGGGUGUGCUCCCAAGAGCUGAACCCGGACCUGGGGAGGGAGCCAGCCCCAAAUCGGGAGUUAGUGACAGACAUCAAGCGGAAUUCUCCCAGUGUGUACACCGAAAAUCUGGUGAAUUUCGGUCAAGCAGCAGACUCAGCAGUGAAGAACACGUCGUCGCCACGCAUUGGUUCCAGCAGCUCUGAAGUGGAGGAGGUGAAGGUGAAGCAAGAGAAGGCUGAGCCGGACCAUGGUUCUGGCUCUGGCCACACCUCCAGUGUUGAUGCUAUGGAAGAGGACAGCUUCAACCCAGACAACCUCUCUCUGGCUCAGUCCAAACUGCUGGAAGACUGGCGACCUGAUCCCCUGCCCCUUGAGGCCUGCAACAGUGACUCUCUUGUCCCCUGCAGCAGUCUCUCAUUGUCCCAGCCCCCUGUCUUCAGCUCAGACACUCCAGAUGCAGACACCCUCACUCCAGCAACCGGCGGCCCCCCGGUCUUCCCCUCUCCUUUCUCGAACCCUUUCCAGCCCGGGGAGACGAUGGGGAUCCCACCCUCCCAGCACCCCUUUGCGGGUCAGAUGGGCGGCCCAAGCCCCGCCUCUGCAGCGGCAGCGCCUCCCAGAAUGCACGUGUGCAAGGUCUGCGGCGAGGCGUUCCACGCGCCGGGGGAGCUCCGGCGGCACCACAGCCAGCGGCACAGCGCCAAGCCCGGCCGGAGCCCCAAGCGGCAAGCGUUCCCGCCGGGGCGGAGCCCCUACCACUGCUCCCAGUGCGGCCGCGACUUCAACCGCAUGGAGAACCUGAAGACCCACCUGCGCAUCCACACGGGCGAGCGGCCCUAUGCCUGCUCCGUGUGCGGCGUGCGCUUCCGCCACUCGGGGGCGCUGACGCGCCAUUUCCGCAUCCACACGGGCGAGAAGCCCUACGUCUGCAGCCAGUGCGGUAAGACCUUCCGCAACUGCGGCGGGCUCCGCUUCCACCAGCGCUCCCACACUCGGGAGGGCCAGGGCCUGGGGCACUGAGGCAGGCUGGUGGCUUGGUACGAGAAGGAAAAGCGACUUCGCUCGUGGAAACCAAACAGACCCAGGGGGCGGGACCAAGGGCGGACAGAGCUUAGCUCAGAGGCAGGCCACCCAGGUCGCCAGAGUCAGCUCUUUCAAACCACCCUGGAUGAAUUCCUCCAGACUGGCUCAUUGACUUGUAACAGUUGAAAGUCAACAGGCAUUUUAUCAUUUUUUAAACACCCUUGAUUGCUUAGUUGCAUAGUGUUGCAUGCUGAGUAAUUGUGGGUAUGACCAUGAAGGUUAUGUCGUAAGGAGAGGACUCUUAAGCGCAAAGAGCCAAGAGGAUGCUACAGCAUCACUGUGGAGAAGCAUAUUAUUCACAGAAUCUGGCCUGAUGAUGAAUUGACCUCUUUAGAAUUGUGUGGUUUUACUUUCUGAUAGUUGCAAAUCCUCCUCAAAGACUGUUUCUUUCUUUUGAGUUUUGAGCAGUAAAAUGUAUUAAACUUGAGAAAC